CGGUAUAUUUUUCCUAAUUUUGUGCGCUGCUGUUGGCUACCCUGAGUUCUUUUUUCAAAAAAGAAAACAUUACGGGAUUGACUUUGAGAAAGCGAAAGAAAUAAACACUGUAGUCUUCCUCACUGGGCCCUUGAGGGUGGGGGGAAUUGUCUAAACGUCCCCAAACUUUUUCACAGCUCGGUAGGAUCUUACAAGUGGAAGGAGAGGUCCCAAAGAAGAAGCAUUGCCCAGGAGAGCAGGAAAAAAUGUAAUACUCUACGCUGUUUCCUCGCCCUGCUGAGAUUUUAAAAAUGAGAAACAUCAAAACCUGACAUUGGGCAAACAAACUGGCAUCUCUGUUUUCUCAGGAGGGCAUUCUUGAUAGCGAAGGUAGUCCGAACCCCUCCAGUCGUCUUGGCUUAUCAACCAAGGGAGAUGCAUUCCAGAGAGCUGCUCCCUUUUUAUGUCACAGCUGGCUGAAUGCCUGCGAUUGCAACUCCGCAGCUUGCAAAAGAACAGCCCCCUCUGGCCGCCGCCGCCGCAGCUGCUGGAAUGAGAGAAUUCCUUCUCCCCUGAGCAAGAACUCCUGCCUCCAUUCCUUUGGGACUAGGGUGAGAAAACAAAACAUGUGAGUCUCCCCCCUCCCCUGUUCUUCCUGGGAGCCCAAAGAUGACAGGCCGGGCUUGCCAAGCCCACCCAGCACUCUGCUGCUACACCCUCUGGGGACUUUGGAAUGCCCUCCUCCUGGAAGCAUGAUUCUUUCAGCCACCAGCAUUCCCACAUGUCAUUGAAGGGCUUCAACUCAUGGGCCCGCGCUUCCAUCGGCCAGAUGUUUAGCCCCUCCAAGAUGUUCAGCUGGCACCAGUCGUUCUCCAUCAGCGCGCCGUGGAAGAAAGGCAAAAGGGCCCCGCUAGCUGACAGCAGGGUGGUUCUGACCAAUAUGAAGAUAAUAAAUCAAAGCGAAGGGCUAAGGCAAGACCCUCCAACCUCCUCCGACUCUGCAACAGAACCUGGACCUCCUGAAUCAAGCGCCGUCCCAGAGCAUCCAGCAAGUUCAGCCAUCAUAUGUGACGCGCCAGUGAAAGUCGAGUGUCUUACUACGCUUCCUGGCCUUGACACAUUAACGCCGAAACAUCAGGUGCUGAGAUUAGCCAAGUUUGAAUCGGAAGACUCUGGUGUGGAGUUGCCGAGUGGGGCCAACUCUCCCUCGACCCCCAAGGGCUCUGAGAAAAGCUUUGUGCUCCACAGCAGAGAUCCUUCUUGUGACUCUGGGGUGCUGAGCGCCUCUUCCUCUCCAGCAGCUGACCACGCCAUCGCGAGAGUGUGCCAAGACGCUGUAGAUGCUUGUCUGUGCAUUUCAGAUGGCCAACCGGCAGCGGGACACCGCGCAGGGCAGUCUCCCGCAGUUUGCUUGGAGGAUGGCACUGAAUGUCCAGAGGGGGGAUAUUCUGAACAGUCUUUUUUGGGUGGCAGCCAAGGAGAGCGCUUGGAAGAGAAAACCAGCGAAUCCUUCCUCCCCAUUAAAGCUCCAGAAGAGGAGAAGAGACCUGGUGAUGAUUACGGGAAAGACAACUUCAAAGAGAUGCUCCUGCAGGGACACCCCCUGAGAAAAUACCCCACAAGUGACAGUUUGGAUGAGUACAUGGACGAAUGCUGUAGGCUGAGUAAGGCGAACCAAGGAAUUGCCAAGGCCCACGGCUCAGGCCUGGGUUAUCUGGAACACAUCUGCCAACUUAUUGAAAAAAUCGGGCAGCUACAGGAGCACAACCUGAGAUUACAGAAGCAGGUCGGCAGCUUGCAGAAGGAGCAGAAAGCAAACCAGCUAACAGAGGAGUGUUUUCUACAGCAUUGCUCCUGCGGAGCUGCCAGGAUUUUGUUGAGCUCAUACCAAGAAGGGAAGAAUUCUUUUCCUGGGAAGAGCAGACCGCACAGCCUAUUGGUGCAGAACGGAAACAUGUCUGACCUCUCAAUCAUUCCAGAAGGAGGAGGAGGAAGCGGUGACAAAUCAAGCAAAGGACGAGAUGUUCGCCUGGAUCCGGAAAAUAACCAGCUGAUAAUGGAGUUACAGCUGUCGAACGGAAAGAAAGGCGGAGAGAAUGAGUGCAGGGAGGGAUAUUGUGCGACUGACGGCCAAGCUUAUCUCCUAAAGGAGCCAGCCAUGAAAAGGGGUGACAAUCCGGCCUGGGGAAGAAUGAGAGACCUCCUGAGAAAGAGCAGGGGAAGGAAUCAGAGCAGGCUGGGCUUGUCAUCAGCUGCCUUGAAAAGGUCAUGCCCUCAGCUCUAUAGGCCAGAUUCUGCGUGUUUGGAUUCGAGGAAAACAGAAAGGAACUCGAUGAUUGCCUUGGGACAAAGUUCAAGGAAUGAAAGCCUUUGGCCUUUCUGACUAGAUAGAG